AACUAGCAAGGAGGACAGAGAGACGCUCCGAGACUCUUGAGGGGUGUUGAUCAUGAGAUAUUGGCUAGGUUUGAAACUGCGAUCUGUCUCAAGGAUAGAGGUCCCGUCAUGGACGUACUGCGGAUCCGGACAGGCACGGCCUUGUUGGCCGAUCCCGAAGGAGAGGUUACUUAGACACAGGGGUUCUUGGGAUAGAGGGGGAACACGAGAUCUGCGACCGGCACGGGAUACUGGAGGUGGUAAUCAAGGCAGUCGAGAGCUAAGAUUGGAGGCGGACGCGAGCCGUGACAAGGAAACGGACCGAGACCGCAGAGAUCGCGAGCCAUUUGCGCGAGCAAGAAGGCUGGAUGAUUACCCGCGAAGCCCUCGCUAUGAGGCUGAUCGGGGUAGAGGCGACUCCCGCGGCCGAUGGGAGACAGAUCAGGGCCGACGAGAUGGACAUAGGGAUGACAGAUACGAGAGAUCGGACCGAGAUGGAUAUAGGGACGACAGAUACGAGAGAUCGGACCGAGACGGAUAUAGGGAUGACAGAUACGAGAGGUCAGGUCGAGAUGGUUACAAAGGUGGUAGGUAUGAGAGAGGAGAUCGGGACUGGGAACGACAAGAUGGGUCGCGCGGACGGUUUGAGCGUGGGGUAGAUGCAAGAGAGCAGCGCGACGAGUCGCGGGGAUGGUACAACCGAGGGGACCGCCGGAAUGAUUCGCGAAGGCCGUAUGAGCAAGGAGGGUCUGGAGGAGACCGCCGCAACGAUUCGCGCGGUCGGAAUGAGAGAGGGGAAUAUGGCGUCUCAUCAGAACCAUAUCCCAAGUCGCCUGACCCCAACACAGCCAGGAGUUCGAUCUCGAGAAGCGCAGACGACAGGCCAUCUACUCCGAGGAACUCAUGCGUCUACUGUAGAGGAGAAGAUCAUAUCAAGAGGGAUUGCCCGGACCUCAAACGCGCAAUAGAUGAGGGACUUGUCGUGCUUGACGAAUGCAAGUACGUCAAGUUGGCAGAUGGUCUGGGAGAUGUAUCGAUGUUCCCUUCGAUGAAGGAGAAUGUAGAAGCAAGGAGAGUAAAACCGAGUAAAGAAAAUGAGCUGGUCAGGAGCCAGAGCAUCAAGAUAACCUUUGAGGGGGAUAUGGCGGCCACACCCAUAAGGGUGGCAGCCACCAAGUCGGCGAGAGGGUCCACAUCGAAGAAGACUGACACGGAUUACGUGAUGACGGAGAAGGACGGGCAGCGGGUCKAUGGAGAGGAGGUUAUYCUUUCGCCACGAAAGAGGGGAGUGAAGAAGUUCUUAAUGAAGAGUUCGCUGGACGAGAUUGACACGGUCGAGCCACUGAGGCGGGCCCUUCGGCAACCCAUGCAGUGCUCUAUUCUGGAGUACCUGGCGGCAUCGAAGCCGGCUCGUGAUGAGUUACAGAUGAUCACGGGGAAGACUCGCAUACCUCUAUCGGAGGAGGGUCAGGGGGCCCGUAAGGCGGAAGCUCCUACAGUAGCAGUAACGGGGGUGACUGCCAGAGCAGAUCGCAUGGGACAUUCCUUCUCGAUGGAAUGGAAGAAGGAGAAGGAARAAGUUAUCGCUUUCCUGAAAGAAAAGAUAGUUUCCCACGUUGCGGAGCCGUCUGAUAGCGCUUAUGCAAAUCGAUGGUUCUUCCUACGAAAGCCGAAUGGCAAGAUCCGAUGGAUCCAGGACCUUCAGAAGGUCAACGCGGUGACGAUACGAGACGUGGGCUCCGUGCCACACGCCGAUUUACUGGCAGAAGGCGCCGCAGGAAGGUCGAUUUAUUCGGUCUGUGAUUUGUUCUUAGGUUAUGAUGAGGUACCGCUUGACCUUAGGGACAGACACCUCACGGCUAUGCAUACGCCAUUGGAACUAAUACAAAUGAUGGUCGUCCCUAUGGGUUGGACUAAUGGGGUAGCCGUUUUUCAGAGAGCCAUGAUAGCCGUCCUCAAGGACUUCAUCCCUGAUAAGGUUGAAGUUUUUCUGGAUGACUUUCCUAUAAAAGGGCCAGUAGACAAGGAUGAGACAGAGGUUGUACCUAGAGUUAUAAGAUUCGUCGAGCUGCACCUAACAGAUAUUUGCGCGGUACUCGAGCAGCUGGACGAUGCGAAUUUAACAGUCAGCGGAACCAAGAGCCGAUGGGCCGUCUCGACUAUUAAGAUCUUGGGUUUUAUCUGUGACUCGAGAGGACGCCGAGCAGAUCCGGCGAAGUUAGACGAACUUCUGAACUGGCCCUCACCGUUACAUAGCCCAACCGAGGCCCGGCAGUUUCUAGGAGUGGUCGGUUACUGGCGUAUAUUCAUACGGGGGUAUGCGGAGAAGGCUGAGCCAUUGAGGUUACUCCUUCGAAAGACUGAAAAAUUAUAUUGGAAUUCUUCGCAGGAACUCGCUAUGCAAGAACUUAAAGACGAAUUUAAGGAAGGAGGACGCGUGUUGGGUGUGCCAUUCUUUGACGAUGAGACCGAGAGACCCUUCAUAGUAUCCACGGAUGUUGGACCAUGUUCAGUGGGUGGUUUGUUGUCUCAGAAGGACGCUGGAGGGAAGGAAAGACCGUUAAGAUUUGAGAGUAGGACACUUAAUACGGCUGAGCGUAACUACAGUCAAUUCAAGAAGGAAGUAUUAGCUGUUCUUCGGUGUCUAGAUACGUUCAGACACUAUAUCUAUGGGCGACGGUUCAUCUUGAUAGUAGACCCCACCGCGGUUGCCUCUGUCCUCCAGAAGGACUUUCGUCUGACGGACCCGACCAUCGCCCGAUGGUUAAUACGGAUUCUGCUAUACGAUUACACGGUUGAGAGGAUAUCUGGUACUAAAAAUGUCGUGGCAGAUGGACUUUCACGCAUCCCUCUCGAGCGUCCGAUAGUAGUUGGGGCCCUGACAAUGGUAGAGCCGAGACGCGCCGAAAGAUUUCUUGUUAAUCUUUACGAGGGCAAGUACCGAACGAUCGGACUACACAUGACGGGAGAGGAGAGUCAAGAUUCAGAUAUCCGGAGGCAAGCAGCCCAGUACUACCUUAGAGCGGGCCACCUUUUCCGAAGGCUUGUAGGGUCGGGAAUGCCCUUACGAGUAGUCUGUGACCUUGAGGAGAGACAGACAAUAGUUGCGGAGCUUCACGACGGGGUAGUCGGAGGACACAGAGGAGUCAAAGGAACCUACGAAAAGGUACGCAGGUUGUACUGGUGGGAAUGACAGUAUAAGGACGUCGAGAGGCACUGUAGGACCUGCGAAGAGUGUCAGAAGAGAGCUCUUAUGGAAUACAAAGAG